AUGUAUCAACAUUGGUCAAGGAUGUAUGGAACACAAUGGGAAUCCUACAUGGGAAUCAACAGCCUAGUUAAGGUUGUUGGAUCUGAACAGGUGACUUUUGAGCCAAUCAAAUCACCUUGCAACAACAACAUUGUCGGUUCUAGUUUUCAAGGUGAAGAAUACUAUGAGGAGGAUGAGAUUGAAGUUCCUGAUUGGUGUUUUGAUAACUUUCCGAAGAUAACAGAUCCUCCAUUGCUGAAUUGUCAAGCUUCUGGAGAUAACUUCACUGCUUCUCAGUUCACAAACUCCUUGUACUCCGUUGAUGAAUCUUUGGUGUCCAAUACUGAAGAUAGUCAUAAUUCUGAAGAAGAAGAAUAUAGUAAUUUUCAAUCUGGGAAUAUGUCGUUUUAUAAUCACUUUCCUCAAAAACAUGAUGAUUUGAUGAAGAAUGAUGCUUUCUUAGAUGAGAAGAAGCCCCUUCAAAUUUCCUUUCAGAGAACUGAGUCAGUGUCAUGUACAAAGUCACAAAAGCAUAGUCCUCAACUUUAUGGAGCCACCUGUGUUACUUCUAGCAACUCUGGUUCAAGGAAAGCUCUAACAAGUAAAAGAAGAAUAAGAUGGACAGAAGAACUGCAUGAAUUAUUCAUGAUGAUAGUUGAACAACUUGGUGGUCCAGAAAAAGCAAAGCCUAAGGCUAUACUAGAUAUGAUGAAAUCAAAUUCGCUAUCACUUUCUCAUGUUAAAAGUCAUUUGCAGAAAUGUAGAUCGACAAUACGCUUACAUAAAGCUUUGCAGGAAAACACUAUGGAAGGAUUUAGAACAGAUAGAGUCACAGAACUUCAACACAAAAUCAGCAUUAUGCAAAUCGAGGAAUCGCAGAAGUUGCAACUAGAGGUUCGAAAAAGUAUUUCGCAGCAGCUAGAGAUGCAAAGAAACUUGCAAGCACUAAUUGAAGAACAUAGCAAGAAGCUCAAAGUAAUGCAAAGAGAACAAACCAACCAAAGAAUAUCAUUAACACAACCAGAAGGUCAAUAG